GGGUUAAGAGAUAUGUGAAUAAAUCUUUUGGAACAGUGUUUGCUAACUUCCGUUAUAAGCUAAAGAAGCAUUUUGAGCAAUUCUCAACAAAAGAGGAAGCAUUAGAAAAUAAACACAAAGAUGUUAGAACUGAAGAAGAAUGGGCUUUUCUGUGCACUUAUUUUUCUAGUGAAGAUUUUCAGAUUGUUUCAGAGAAAAAUUCUAUUAAUAGGUCACGUUUGAAAUAUCACCAUAAAGCAGGGUCGAAGUCUUUUAUGUCGCAUCAAGAACAGAUUGCUGCACAAUCAGGGGAGAUGCUAGGUGCAAUUGAACGCUUUGAAAUGGAGUACAAAAGCAUUAAAAAAGGUUGGGACUUGGGAGCGAAAGAAUUAUGGGAUCAAAUGGUUAAGAUGCGAACUGAGACAACCCUUCCUGAUGGGAAUCGAACUAUGAAUGAUGAUGAAAUAUGUGCAAAGGUUCUUGGAGUAAAAUCAGGCUACAUCAAGGGUUGUGGUUUCGGCCCUAGGCCUCCACCAUCUAGCACUUCUCGAUCAUCACUAGAUGAAAUGUCUGAGAAGAAUAAAGAGUUAGAAGAUAAACUUGAAGAGACCCAAGAUACUAUAAAGGCUCAACAAGAAAAGAUUGAUGCACAAAACGUGCUGAUCCAAGAAUUGCAGGAGCAAGGCAAAAAGUUUGAGCAGUUCAUGGCAACCUUUAUGAACCAACAAGCAUCAAGUUAGUUAUGCGUAUCUAGGAUUUAGUAUCAAUUAAACAAGUUCAUUGAU